CAAGGUAUGCCGUGUUGUGCAUAAUUAGAUGCUUUUCUGCUCACUAGAGUUGUAAAGAGUGGUUAUUUGAGUUACCAUAGCCCUCCUAUCAGCUCAAACCAGUGUGGCCUUUCUCCUCUGAUCUCUCUCGUCAACAAGGCAUUUCCACCCACAGAACUGCUGCUUACUGGAUUAUUGUUGUUUUUUUUUGUAUUAUUCUGCAUAAUCUCCAGAGACUGCUGAGUGAGAACAUCCCAGGGGAUCCGCAGUUUCUGAGUCACUGAGAUCGGAGUUUUCCCUCAUUCUGAUGUUUAAUGUGAACAUCAACUGAAGCUGUAACUACAUGACUUGACUUGUAUUUGGCUGCCGACAUAUGACUGAUUGGAUAAUUGCACAAAUGAACAGGAAUACAGGUGUUCCUUUCAAAGUGACUGAUUCGUGGUGGACCUGGAGCUAGCUGGAGUACACAUAUCCUGCACUCUUUCUGAAUCAGUAUUUGUGUGUUAUAGCAGGAAAUGUAAAUUUUAGGGGUACUCCAGGAGACUGGUUGGAAACCAAUGAUAUAUAGGCUCAUUUCCUCCCACCUCCCCAAAAACAUGCUGGUACAUUGAUCGGCUACAAUAAAGCGUGUGCGUGCGUGCGUGCGUACGUAUCGUGAUAGAUUGGUGUCCUAUCCAGGGUGUAUUCUGGCCUCACACCUGGUGUUCCUGGGUUAGCCACCACAACAUUGACCAUUAAAGUGGUUGCUGGAUUAAUGGAUUUAUUUUACCACCUUACAAAUUAUACAAUACAAUACAAACUGUAGUAAAACUGUACUAACUCCUUGUGAGACACACAUUAUUGCUCUCUAUUUAAUAUUUCCCCAAACCACAACUAUCAUACAGGGAAAUCUUUUUUCUGACUUCAAAUGCAAUUGGCAGGACUAUGUGAAAGCUCAUUGGCUGAUUUCUGAUCUCUUAGUGGAAAUAGAGAGGUUAAUUUCAUUGAAUGCCUUAAUCCAGCUUGGGUGGUGAAUUUAUUAUAGUGCUGCAUUAUUUGAAGAGCUGACUUAUGUAAGAAUUCCACGUCUUUUCGUUCGUAGAAGAGUUCAACAGUUAUCUUGUUAAGGAGUUAUCUCUCCUUUUAGUUGCCAAAAGGCUUAAGGGCUUUAGAUAAUACUUGCUCAGGUCUGGCAUUUACCAAGUUCAGCCAAUAAUCACCAGCAUCUCCAUCAACACUGACUUCUAGACUAUUUGCUUCUGGACCACAUACAGCGUUCUUAUCCACACCAAAUUAAAAUAAUUUCCCUUCUGGAGUUAUGGGUGCUCAUGGAUCCAACUUGGAUGAAAUCUUGGCUGAAGACAUGCACUACUGGUACAAUAAAUUCAUGAGGGAGUCUCCGUCUGGGCUCAUCACCCUGUUUGAGCUAAAGAACAUGCUAGAGAUGCAGGGAAUGACUGAGGAGGCCAGCAGCUAUGUUGACCAGGUCUUCUAUACUUUUGACAUGGAUGAGGAUGGGUAUAUUGAUUUUGUAGAAUAUAUAGCAGCUGUAAGCUUGCUACUGAAAGGAGAGAUCAACCAGAAACUGAAGUGGUACUUCAAACUUUUUGAUAAAGACGGAAAUGGAAAAAUUGACAAAGACGAGAUGGAGACCAUAUUCAAGGCUAUUCAGGAUAUCACCCGGAUCUACGAUGACCCUCCAUUGGAUAUUGUGACACUCAUUUAUGAAAGGAUUGAUGUUAAUAAUGAAGGUGAGCUGACUUUAGAAGAGUUCAUCACUGGUGCUAAGGAGCAACCUGACAUCAUGGAGAUGCUCACCAAGAUGAUGGACCUGACUCAUGUGUUGGAGAUCAUAGUCAAUGGACAGAGAAAGUUGGUUAAAGCCAGUGUGUGCAGUGCCAAGUCAUAGGCACAAGCCUUAUUCCCGUCACAAUGCGCAACCUUAAAAAAAAAAUCUAUUUGUUACAAAUGAAUGAUUGCAGGUGAUAAGGGGAGUGAAAUGUGGUUUCUGUGAUGCUUAUGCUUGUCUGUGUGUUCUGAAAAACAGCUCUUCAGUUCAGAUCAGUUCACCAAGUGAACUGAUGGAGAGGCAUUAGACAGGGACAGACGGUGAUUAUAUGGAUGCCACUGAAGGCUGGGAUUUCUCAUCAGGGAAGGUGUUGUUGAUAACCUGCUAUAAUUAUACAGAGUGAUUCCAUCUAGAUUUUAUGUGAGGAAGCUGUGUAACAUUGUGUUACAUAAACUUCACACUAGACCUGAUAAAGGAUCACAGAGUAAGCAAUCAUCCAUCCAAUUUCCUCUGAUUAUUAGUUAUGAUAUAGAUGGAGAUGAUGUCUGGAAGAUAUUGCUUAGUCUGUGAGCUUUGAUUUUUUUGUAUCAUAGGCUAUUACAUGUAACAAAUAGUAUCUUUCAAUCAUUUAGCUUACACUAACCCAGAUUAGGCCUUUAGAAAGUUCAAAACAAUACAGGAAGUGGGAGUCUGGGAUUUGUAUUAAAGUCUACUGUGUUUACGCUUGACUCAUAUGCACUUCGUGGAAAAAAUAAGACAGAAGGGGGCAUAGGCACUCACAAAAAAAUGUUCUCUGGUAGGAAACCACCCUGCUGUAGGGUUUUACAUAGAAUCUUUAAGGCACAGGCCAAAAACCCCACAAGGGUACUAACAUUUCACUGAUUUACUGACAUAAGAUGUGUUUCUGUUUGUAUCUGCAAAUCAAAUUGUUUUCAAGGAGAAACAGAUAAGGGUCUACAACUAAUUAACUACUAAAUUGGAACAGUCCAACUGAAUGGUAUUGAAACCAGCACAAAUAUUUAGCAUUAUUAUUUUAACAUUGGGACAUCCAAACAACUUUACCGUGCUAAGAGGGUUAAAAUUUAGCUGCAGCAUUCCUCCUCAGUAUUUUUUUUUCUUGUUACCAUAGAAUAGACUUGAUCACAACAUCUGUGUGUACUAUGUGAAUAUGUGCUUGACUGUUUACUUUGUGUGCUUGUCAUGUUUUGAAUAACUUUGAGAUUAAGCUAAAUGAAUUUUUAUUUCUAUUUUUGAAUGCUAUAUAAUGUCCCUAAUUGUUGCCUUAAUUAAAUCUGAAUUUGCAAAACCCACUUUUAUUUUAUUAACCAGAUUUUGCCUUCUUCAUUUAAUCACAAAACCUACUUAAACAUCUUACUUAUUUACGUAUGCAAAUCACUACAUAUAGUAUGUACUUUUAUAAUUUUAAAAGUAUGCGCAUUAUAAUCUGUUCUAGAAAAAAAAUAAUCAGUGAAUACAAAUACUUUCUGUGUAUCUAAAAGCAUCAUGAGGAAAUAUUUUGCUGAAGUGGAUUAAAAUUGGAAUCAGCAGGCUGUGACAACAUACCAUAAUAAUCUCUCUUAUAGAAGAAGAAUUAAGAUGUCUGACCCAUGCAUAAACAAUUUUAUAACUAUAAAAUUAUAAUCUCAUGUAACCUGCCUCUUAUCAAUCACGCUAAAUCUAAAAUAGACGCUCUAUAAGCUAAUCACUUGAACAUCCUAUGGAAAGCGUUGUAUGUCAAGAAGAGAACCAGUUUGUGUUUGCCCACUAUGUGUAGUCACUGAGGUCACUGAAACAGAAUUGCCACACAUUUGGCAUUAACUAACCAUGUGUCUUUAGCUGAUAUUUCACGUGGGUGCCACUUUGGAUGCUGGCAAUUCUGUAAAUCAAACAUUAAUAUGUCAGAAGACCAAAAAAGUCAAUAUUUUUAUUAGGACAUGCCAUAUUAGUAAUGCCAGCAAUGAUUGCAUGACAGAGUGAAAUCUACCAGUCUAGAGUCUAGCCAGUAUUGAGCUGCAAAGUGCUGCCAAAUCUAAUCCUCACAUAUUCUAUCAUUAAAAACUCACGUGAAGUAAAAUGAUAAAUCUCAAAUCAUAGCAUUGUGCAUGACUAUAUCCAGUUAUUGUUUACAUUUAAAGUGUAUCUAUACAAUAUGUGGUCUUUAUAAAGGGACCAAUAAGUGUUUUAUAUACUACAGUGGUGCUUGAAAGUUUGUUUGAAUUUUCUAUAUUUCUGCAUAAAUAUGACCUUAAAAAGUCCAAAAAGGCGACAAGAACCCAAUUUAACAAAUGAGACAGAAAUAUUAUACUUGGUCAUAUAUUUAUUUUUGGAAAAUAAUCCAAUAUUACAUAUCUGUGAUUGGUAAAAGUAUGUGCACCUCUAGGAUUAGCAGUUAAUUCGAAGGUAAAAAUUAGAGUCAGGUCUUUUCAAUCAUUAAUAUGCCAAUCAGGUGUGAGUGAGUGCCCUGUUUUAUUUAAAGAACAGGGAUCUAUCAAAGUCUUCACAGCACAUGUUUGUGGAAUUGUAUCAUAGCACGAACAAAGGAGAUUUCUGAGGAUUUCAGAAAAAGAGUUGUUGAUGCUCAUCAGGCUGGAAAAGUUUACAAAUCCAUAUCUAAAGAGUUUGGACUCCACCAAUCCACAGUCAGACAGAUUGUGUACAAAUUGAGGAAAUUCAAGACCAUUGCUACCCUCCCCGGGUAUGAUCAACCAACUAAUAUCAGUCCAAGAGCAAUAUCUGUAAUAGUCCAUGAGAUCACAAAGGAGACAGGGUUACUUCUAAGCAACUAAAGGCCUCUCUCACAUUGGUUAAUGUUAAUGUUCAUGAGUCCACCAUCAGGAGAACACUGAACAACAAUGGUGUGCAUGGCAGGGUUGCAAGGAGAAAGCCACUGCUCUCCAAAAAGAACAUUGCUGCCUUUCUGCAUUUGCUAAAGAUCACGUGAACAAGCCAGAAGGCUAUUGGGAAAAUGUUUUGUGGAUUCAUGAGACCAAAAUAGAAUUUUUUGGUUUAAAUGAGAAGUGCUAUGUUUGGAGAACGGAAAACACUGCAUUCCAGGAUAUUCCAUCUGUGAAACAUGGUGGUGGUAGUGUCAUGGUUUGGGCCUGUUUUGCUGAAUCUGGGCCAGGAUGGCUUGCCAUCCUUGAUGGAACAAUGAAUUCUGAAUUAUACCAGCAAAUUCUAAAGGAUAAUAUCAGGACAUCUUUUCAUGAACUUAAUCUCAAGAGAAAGUGGGUCAUGCAGCAAGACAACGAUCCUAAGCACACAAGUCAUUCUACCAAAGAAUGGUUAAAGAAGAAUAAACGUAAUGUUUUGGAAUUACCAAGUCAAAGUCCCGACCUAAAUCCAAUAGAAAUGUUGUGGAAGGACCUGAAGCAAGCAGUUCAUGUGAGGAAACCCACCAACAUCCCAGAGUUGGAAUCAGAGAGGAAUGGGCUAAAAUUCCUCCAAGUCGACGUGCAGGACUGAUCAAACAGUUACUGGAAAUGUUUAACUGCAGUUAUUGCUGCACAAGGGAGUCACACCAGAUACUGAAAGCAAAGGUUUACAUCCUUUUGCCCCUCACAGAUAUGUAAUUUUGGAUAAUUUUCCUCAGUAAAUAAAUGACCAAGUAUAAUAUUUUUGUCUCAUUUGUUUAAAUGUGUUUUCUUCAUCUACUUUCAGGGCUUGUAUGAAAAUCUGAUGUGUGUUUUAGCUCAUAUAUAUGCAAAAUAUAUAAAAUUCUAAAGGGUUCGCAAACAUUCAUGCACCAUGGCCUUUCUCUGUUAAACACACUCAAUAAUUAAUCUUAACUUCAUAAGAUAGAGUUGUUUAAAAGUAAGGGACUAACACCACUGUAAAGGGGAAGGCCAGAUCAAUGAGCCUAGAUGGUGCUAGGCCACACAAGGUAAUUAUAUAGUAUUUGCUUUGCAUUAAUUCUUCUAAGGGCCUUUAUAACCUAAAUUGUGCCUCUUCACAGAACCUUUAUAAAAGUUUAGUCUUUGCUUUAAAAUAGGUUACUAAAAUUUGG